GCAAGCCAAAGCAAGCAGGCGCCUCAACAGCAGCACCAACUCACCUCAAACAAACUUAGCCGCCAGCGCGUUCCCGCCUGGCGUUUCGCGAUCACCAUUACAGCACAGGACGACCGCCGCACCAUGGGCAAGUGGACCCUGCAGCGCAGGCGGUCGCAGAGCGAGCUGCCGCGCCUGCACGAGCUGGAGCGCGCCGUGCAGGCCGAGAUCACGGACGUGCGCGGCCGCGAGGAGCUGUUCCUGCGCUCGACGUCGGAGCUCACGGCGCUCAUGAAGAAGCUCGGCCGCUCGCAGGGACGCGCCUACUUCCGCUACGUGCUGCGCGACGUGUUCGGCGAGAAGUCCCGACUGUACGAGGCGCGCGGGCCGCCCGCGCCCAAGCAGGUGUGCGCGUACGCCAAGAGCGUCAUCCAGCGGCUGGCCAAGGCCAUCCACUUCGCGCCGCUCGUGCUGCGCGCCGGCUGCCACUACAUGCUCACGGAGUUCCGCAAGGCCUUCCCGGAGUGCAAGCACGACGCGCGCAUCGUCGUAGGCAGCCUGCUCUUCCUGCGGAUACUAUGUCCGGCGCUCAUCAAGCCCGAGAUGUUCGACUUCCCGGCACACACAGCGCAGUCGCUGCCCAUGGGCGUGCAGAUCGCCAAGAUCCUGCAGCACACGCUCAGCGGCACGCCCGUCGGGGACAGCGACCCCGCCUUCAACGACAGCAACAGCUUCAUUUAUGCCUUCCAGCCGUACGUGGCCAACUUCCUCGUGCGCUUCCCCCAGAUCCGGUCUGCGUUCGGAAAUGAAGAACCGCAGCAGCUACAAGUACCCGCCGCGCCGGCCUCCUGGGACUGCAGCAACGUGGCUCCGAUCACGCCCACCACCCCCACAGGAGCCGGCAGCUGGCAGCCGUCACCCCGCGCCGAGUCCUGGGACGCCCACCGCCCCGUGGGCAAGAUGCGCGGGUUCUCCAUGAGCUCCAACGACGCCAUCAAGAACAAGAAGAAGUUCUCGCUGCGCUUCUGGUCGCGGGGGCCCGACAGCAUCAGCCAGCGGCCCUCGCCCUAG